CCGCCGCCGCCGCCGCAGCCUCUGUUGGCGCAAGUGCGGCGCGCGCGGUGGGGAGGGGGCGCGGCGGAGCGCGAGGUUGGCGUCCGGCCACGGGGGAUUAAGUUUCUCGGUUGCGCGUGAGUGUGUCUGCGCGUUUAUUCCGAAGCUCCUCGACGGGCCGUUACUCGAGAAGAGAGAGAACGUGGGCGAGGCCAGGCACUCGGAGUCCCCGGAGACCCCGGCUCCGCAGCCUCUGCCCCCGUUCGUCCCCGCGCGGGGGCAGCUGCCACGGGCCGGAGUUCCAUUUUGGUGGCUGUUUAUAGAGAAGUACACUGAACAUUGAAAAAAACAUGUUAGACACUAUAGACAAAACCCGGGCCCUGCAGGCUGCAGAGCGCUUGCAAGCCAAGCUGCGAGAGCGUGGGGAUGUGGCCAAUGAAGACAAACUGAACCUUCUAAAGUCAGUCUUGCAGAGCCCACUCUUCAGUCAGAUUCUGAGCCUUCAGACUUCUGUGCAGCAGCUGAAAGACCAGGUAAACAUUGCAACAUCGGCCAUUUCAAAUGCAGAAUGUGCCCAUAUUUCGCAUAUCACCCCAGCUACAGCUGUGCAAAAUGAAUUGUUUUUAUCAUCCCAAAACAAUGGUAAUCUGGAAGCCCUUACAACUUCAGGUACUCCACACAUCAAUGGGAAACAUGCUUGUGAUGAAUUUGAUCAACUUAUUAAAAAUAUGGCCCAGGGUCGCCACGUAGAAGUCUUCGAGCUCCUCAAACCUCCCUGCGGAGGCCUCGGGUUCAGUGUUGUGGGACUGAGGAGUGAAAACCGGGGGGAACUGGGGAUAUUUGUGCAAGAGAUCCAAGAGGGCAGUGUGGCCCACAGAGAUGGAAGACUGAAGGAAACUGAUCAGAUCCUUGCUAUCAACGGACAGGCACUUGACCAGACAAUCACACAUCAGCAAGCUAUCAGCAUCCUUCAGAAAGCCAAAGAAAAUGUGCAGCUGGUUAUUGCCAGAGGCUCACUGCCUCAGCUCAUCAGCCCCAUCAUCUCCCGGUCCCCGUCUGCGGCCAGCACAAUUUCAGCUCACUCUAAUCCGGUUCACUGGCAGCAUGUGGAAACCAUUGAAUUGGUGAAUGAUGGAUCUGGCCUAGGGUUUGGCAUUGUAGGAGGCAAAGCAACUGGCGUGAUAGUGAAGACCAUUCUGCCUGGAGGGGUGGCUGAUCAGCACGGGCGAUUAUGCAGUGGAGACCACAUUCUAAAGAUUGGUGACACUGAUCUAGCAGGAAUGAGCAGUGAGCAAGUAGCACAAGUCCUGCGGCAGUGUGGGAACAGAGUGAAACUGGUGAUAGCCAGAGGCGCCCUUGAGGAACCGGCAGCGCCCCCCGGGUGCUCGUCCCCAUGCUCUACACCGGAGAUGCGGGUUGAUGCUUCCACUCAGAAAAGUGAAGAAAGUGAGACAUUUGAUGUCGAACUCACUAAAAAUGUCCAAGGAUUAGGAAUUACCAUUGCUGGUUACAUUGGAGAUAAAAAAUUAGAACCUUCAGGAAUCUUUGUAAAGAGCAUUACAAAGAGCAGUGCUGUUGAGCAUGAUGGAAGAAUCCAAAUUGGAGACCAAAUCAUAGCAGUGGAUGGCACAAACCUUCAGGGUUUUACCAAUCAACAAGCAGUGGAGGUGUUGCGGCACACAGGACAAACUGUGCACCUGACACUAAUGAGGAGAGGGGCGAAGCAGGAGGCUGAGCUUGCGUCCAGGGAGGACGGCGCCGAAGACGCCGUAUUGUCUCCUGUUAAUGCCAGCAUAAGCAAAGGGUAUCCAUUACUGUUAGCUGAGAUAGAAGAAGUAGAACACCCACCACAACAGGAAGCUGCCCUGCUGGCAAAGUGGCAAAGGAUUAUGGGACUUAAUUAUGAAAUUGUGGUGGCCUGUGUGAGCAAGUUCAGUGAGAACAGUGGGUUGGGGAUAAGUCUGGAAGCAACAGUGGGACACCAUUUUAUCCGGUCUGUUCUACCCGAAGGUCCUGUCGGACACAGUGGGAAGCUUUUCAGUGGAGAUGAGCUGUUGGAAGUGAAUGGCAUAACUUUGCUUGGGGAAAAUCACCAAGAUGUGGUGAAUAUUUUAAAAGAAUUGCCUAUAGAAGUAACCAUGGUGUGCUGUCGCCGAACUGUGCCCCCUGCCACCCAAUCCGAAUUGGAGAGCCUGGACUUGUGUGACAUUGAAAUAACAGAAAAGCCUCAUAUAGAUCUAGGCGAGUUCAUCGGGUCUUCGGAGACAGAGGAUCCUGUGCUGGAGAUGACCGAUGUGGGUCAGAAUGCACAGAAGGUUCAAGGACCCUUGGCCAUGUGGGAGGCUGGUGUCCAGCACAUCGAGCUGGAGAAAGGGAGCAGAGGACUCGGUUUCAGCAUUUUAGAUUAUCAGGAUCCAAUUGAUCCAGCAAGCACUGUGAUCGUAAUUCGUUCUUUGGUGCCUGGUGGCGUUGCUGAAAAGGAUGGACGCCUUCUUCCUGGAGACCGACUCAUGUUUGUCAAUGAUGUUAACUUGGAAAACAGCAGUCUUGAAGAAGCUGUGCAGGCACUGAAGGGUGCACCGUCAGGAAUUGUGAAAAUAGGAGUUGCCAAGCCUUUGCCACUCUCACCAGAAGAAGGCUAUGUUUCUGCUAAGGAGGAUUGCUUUCUCUACCCCCCACACUCCUGUGAGGAGGAAGGGCUGGCUGACAAAGCCCUCUUCAGGGCUGACUUGGCUCUGGUGGACACAAAUGAUGCUGACCUAGCAAAUGAGUCUGCAUUUGAGUCUCAGUACUCUCCUGAUAAUGACAGUAUCUACUCUACUCCAGCCUCUAUUUUAUCUCUUCAUGGCAGUGCUUGUAGUGAUGGCCUGAACUAUGGUCCCUCCCUUCCAUCUUCUCCUGCCAAGGAUGUUACUGAGAAUUCUUCAGAUCCAGUACUUGACCUGCACAUGUCCUUGGAAGAAUUGUACACCCAGAGUCUCCUGCAAAGACAGGAUGAGAGUCCACCUUUAGGAGACUUGAGCAUGAGGCCCGCUUCUGGCUUCACCAUAAAUGACUAUGCCCCCGCAAAUGCUAUCGAACAACAGUAUGGCUGUGAAAACCUGAGAGUGUGGGCUGAAUCUCACCUCCCAAAUGAUGUUAUAGCAAGUGCAGCACUUACUUCUCCUCUGCUACCUGACCCAAGCGGAAAGGGCUCUGAGUUCUUAAAUCAACAGAGCUCUCUGGCCUCUGCUGCUGAGUGCGUCAUGCUUCAAAAUAUGGCCAAAGAAUCUUUUGAGAGGACCAUUAUUAUAGCAAAAGGCAAUUCUAGCCUAGGGAUGACAGUAAGUGCUAAUAAAGAUGGCCUGGGAGUGAUUGUUCGCAGCAUUAUUCACGGAGGUGCCAUUAGUCGAGACGGCAGGAUUGCCGUUGGGGACUGCAUCUUGUCUAUUAAUGAAGAAUCUACCAUCAGUUUGACCAACGCCCAGGCACGAGCCAUGCUGAGAAGACAUUCUCUCACUGGGCCUGACAUAAAGAUCACUUACGUGCCUGUGGAGCGUUUGGAAGACUUUAGAGUGAAGUUGGGAGGACACCCCGGAGGGAUGAUGGCACUGGAUAUGUUUUCUUCAUACGCUGGCAGAGACAUUCCAGAAUUGCCGGAGCGAGAAGAAGGAGAGGGAGAAGAAAGUGAACUUCAGAAUGCAGCGUACAGCAGUUGGAAUCAGCCCCGGCGGGUUGAGCUUUGGAGAGAACCAAGCAGAUCCUUGGGUAUCAGCAUUGUUGGUGGACGAGGGAUGGGGAGCCGUCUGAGCAACGGUGAAGUGAUGAGGGGCAUUUUCAUCAAACAUGUUCUUGAAGAUAGUCCAGCUGGGAAAAAUGGAACCUUGAAACCUGGAGACAGAAUAGUAGAGGUGGAUGGCAUGGACCUCAGAGAUGCAAGCCACGAACAAGCUGUGGAAGCCAUUCGGAAAGCAGGCAACCCUGUAGUCUUUAUGGUACAGAGCAUUAUAAACAGACCAAGGAAACCCCCCUUGCCUUCCUUGCCGCACAACCUUUACCCUAAGUUCAGCUUCAGCAGCACUAACCCAUUUGCUGACUCUCUGCAGUUCAACUCCGACAAGGCACCCAGUCAGUCGGAAACAGAGCCAGCAAAGGCUCCAUCGCGCAGUGUGCCUCCACCCCCUCCUCCAGCGUUUGCUGAGAUGAGCAGUGACCAAGCCCCGCCAUCUGCGAGCAAAGUCUCAGAAGUGGACAAAGAGGAUGAGUUUGGGUAUAGCUGGAAAAAUAUCAGAGAACGUUAUGGAACUCUCACAGGCGAGCUGCAUAUGAUUGAACUGGAGAAAGGUCGAAGUGGUUUGGGUCUCAGUCUUGCUGGGAACAAAGACCGAUCCAGAAUGAGUGUCUUUAUAGUGGGGAUUGAUCCAAAUGGAGCAGCUGGGAAAGAUGGUCGAUUACAGAUUGCAGAUGAGCUUCUAGAGAUCAAUGGUCAAAUUUUAUAUGGAAGAAGUCAUCAGAAUGCUUCAUCAAUCAUUAAAUGUGCCCCUUCUAAAGUAAAAAUAAUUUUUAUCAGAAAUAAAGAUGCAGUGAGUCAGAUGGCUGUAUGUCCUGGAAAUACAAUAGAAGCUUUGUCUUCUACCUCAGAGAAUCUUCAAAAUAAGGAGGCUGAACCAAGCGUUGCAACUUCUGAGGCAGCUGUGGACCUGAGUUCAUUUAAAAAUGUGCAACACCUGGAGCUUCCCAAGGAUCAAGGGGGUUUGGGCAUCGCUAUCAGUGAGGAGGACACUCUCAGCGGAGUCAUCGUAAAGAGUUUAACAGAGCAUGGCGUGGCAGCCAAGGACGGACGGCUCAGAGUUGGAGACCAGAUCCUGGCUGUAGAUGAUGAAGUUGUUGUUGGCUAUCCUGUUGAAAAGUUUAUUAGCCUUCUGAAAACAGCAAAGACAACAGUGAAACUUACCAUUCGUUCUGAGAAUCCAGAUUCCCAGGCUCUUGCUUCAGCAGCUGGUACAACCAAUGAAGAAAAAAAGAACAGUUCCCAGUCUGCAGUGGUCCCACGAGCUGGCUCCCCAGAACCAGAGCCCGUCCGAGGUACAAGCAGGUCAUCAACACCAGCAGUCUUUGCUUCUGACCCCACCACCUGCCCCAUUAUCCCAGGCUGCGAGACUACGAUUGAGAUCUCCAAAGGGCGGACGGGGCUGGGCCUGAGCAUCGUCGGGGGGUCCGACACACUUCUGGGUGCCAUUAUUAUCCAUGAAGUUUAUGAAGAAGGAGCGGCGUGUAAAGAUGGAAGACUCUGGGCUGGUGAUCAGAUUUUAGAGGUGAAUGGAAUUGACUUGAGAAAGGCCACACAUGAUGAAGCGAUAAAUGUCCUGAGACAGACGCCACAAAGAGUACGCCUGACACUCUACAGAGAUGAGACCCCAUACAAAGAGGAGGACGUGUGUGACACCCUCACUGUUGAGCUGCAGAAGAAACCCGGGAAAGGCCUGGGGUUGAGCAUUGUUGGUAAAAGAAAUGACAGUGGAGUAUUUGUGUCAGACAUUGUCCAAGGAGGAAUUGCAGAUGCUGAUGGAAGACUGAUGCAGGGAGACCAGAUACUCAUGGUGAAUGGAGAGGAUGUUCAUAAUGCCACCCAGGAAGCUGUUGCUGCUUUGCUGAAGUGUUCCCUAGGGACAGUGACCUUGGAAGUAGGAAGAAUCAAAGCUGGACCGUUCCAUUCAGAGCGGAGGCCCUCUCAGAGCAGCCAGAUGAGUGAAUGCAGCCUGUCAUCCUUCACUUUCCCGCUUUCUGGAUCCAGUGCAUCUGAGUCGCUGGACAGUAAUUCAAAGAAGAAUGCACUAGCAUCUGAAAUACAGGGAUUAAGAACAGUUGAAAUAAAAAAGGGGCCUUCCGAUUCACUGGGAAUCAGCAUUGCUGGGGGAGUGGGUAGCCCGCUUGGUGACGUCCCCAUAUUUAUCGCCAUGAUGCACCCGAAUGGAGUGGCAGCUCAGACCCAGAAACUCAGAGUUGGGGACAGGAUUGUCACUAUUGGUGGCACAUCCACUGAGGGCAUGACUCACACCCAGGCAGUUAACUUACUGAAAAGUACCCCUGGCUCCAUUGAAAUGCAGGUGGUUGCCGGAGGAGACGUGAGCGUGGUCACGGGUCAGCAGCAGGAGCCGGCCAGCUCCAGCCUUUCUCUCUCUGGGCUGACGUCAAGCAGUAUAUUUCAGGAUGAUUUAGGACCUCCUCAGUGUAAGUCUAUUUCACUAGACCGAGGACCAGAUGGCUUGGGCUUCAGUAUAGUAGGAGGACAUGGCAGCCCUCAUGGAGACUUACCCAUUUAUGUUAAAACAGUGUUUGCGAAGGGAGCAGCCUCCGAAGAUGGGCGUCUGAAAAGGGGUGAUCAGAUCAUCGCUGUCAAUGGGCAGAGCCUGGAAGGGGUGACCCACGAAGAGGCCGUCGCCAUCCUGAAGCGGACGAAAGGCACUGUCACACUGGUGGUUCUCUCCUGAAGUUCACCCCCUCUCACUUGCAUGUCACACUAACGAGAAAGGGACUGGUCUUUUGGGAGGCUUCUCCCAUGCGGUGUUCAUCUUGCUCUUCAGAACUGUAGGGAAAAACUCCAGCUAGGCCUGUGGCACUCACAGGGGCACAGCCUUCUCCCUGACAGCGGAGCGUCCUGUCCCCUCGCUCCUUGCACAGCGCGAGCCUGCACCCAAAGGUAGGACUGUCCACGUCGUUAAACUGUUCUUUCUCCAGGAAGAUGCCUGGCACUUCACAGUAACGUGGGUGAAAAUUAUCAUGGGCUGAACUGGUUUGCGAGGAAGAAAAAAGAAUUCUAAAGCUAGCCUAGGAGAAAUGGCUUCAAUAAGGUAGGGUGAAAAUGAAAAUAUAAAAUAAAGAAGAAAAUGUCAAGUCAUGUAAAAGCGCCUUGUAUUUUGUCAAUCCACCCCUCUCCUUACUACUAACUUAAAAAAAUUUAUUAAAAAUCUUUAAAAAUA